CUUACCGCUCCCAUAAAGCUUUGUGCUGGCGCGCUCUUUCCUUUUUGACCGGGCGGGGGUAUCACCAUGGGCAGCAAGAUGGCGGCCGCCAGUAGGGUCAUCCAGGUAGUCAAACCACAUACACCACUGAUUAAGUUUCCAGACAGAAAAAGUACUCCAAAACCUUAUAUGCAAGAGUCUCUACAAUCAAGAGUGCCUCCGCUUCAUGGGAUAGCCUCGCAAUUUUCUGCAGAAAACAAAGCACCAUCUUCUCAAAAUACUUUAUUUACUGGUAGAAUACAAGGUAUACCUGACACAGCAGAAUUAAUAAGAACUUUACCUCAGAAAUACAGGAGGAAACCUAUGUCAGUUGAAGAGAUGGAAUACAUUCAACGUGGAGGUCCAGAAUAAGGUGGAGCAUUGUGCAGUUUGUAACUGCUGAAUAACGAACCAUUGUACUUACAAUAAAGUCCUUCUUCACUUUC